AUCACACUGAACUCGCAUCAUCCGUGUCAACCAGCCAUGGGGAAGAUCACCUUUUAUGAGGACAGGGCCUUCCAGGGCCGCAGCUACGAAUCCACCACUGACUGCCCCAACCUGCAGCCGUAUUUUAGCCGCUGCAACUCCAUCCGGGUGGAGAGCGGCUGCUGGAUGCUCUAUGAGCGUCCCAACUACCAAGGUCAACAAUACUUGCUGCGGCGAGGGGAGUACCCCGACUACCAGCAAUGGAUGGGCCUCAGCGACUCCAUCCGCUCCUGUUGUCUCAUUCCCCAAACAAGCUCCCACAGGCUGCGGCUGUAUGAGAAAGAAGACCACAAAGGCCUCAUGAUGGAGCUGAGUGAGGACUGCCCCAGCAUCCAGGACCGCUUCCACCUCAGCGAGAUCCGUUCCCUCCAUGUGCUGGAGGGCUGCUGGGUCCUCUACGAGCUGCCCAACUACCGGGGGCGGCAAUACCUGCUGAGGCCCCAAGAGUACAGGCGGUGCCAGGACUGGGGGGCCAUGGAUGCUAAGGCAGGCUCUUUGCGGAGAGUGGUGGAUUUGUAUUAAAAUAGCUUAACACUACCAAUUUCCCACUUUGGAACCUAAUAAAUAUUUAGUCUGCAUUGUUGGCAA